CUGGUAAUGUCUUCUAAAAAUGAAAAUCUUCAUUUGGUUUUGCCUAAACUAGAAAAUAAUUAUUAUGAUAAUCUCAUUUGUAAAAUGAAUGUUAAAAAAAUAUUAUCUAAGGAUUGCUUUAUAAAAUUUAUACCCAAUGGCGUAAGUUAA